UUAUUUACACAUUUAUUUGCGUAACUAACGAUAUUCCGCGUUAUUAUUAAUAGUAUAUUUUGGUGGACUCCAUUCUCUUCAUCCUUCUUCUUUUCUUUCUAACCCAACAACGACCUUUCCGAUUCCGACCAAUGGAAGAAGUUAACGUUCUAGAAACUAAGGAUGGAACCGUUUCAGUAGCUGCUGCAUUUGCUGGUCACCAGGAAGCUGUGCAAGAUAGAGACCACAAAUUUUUAAGAAGAGCAGUCGAAGAAGCAUAUAAAGGAGUAGAUUGUGGAGACGGAGGCCCUUUUGGUGCUGUUAUUGUUCACAAUGAUGAAGUAGUUGCUAGUUGUCACAACAUGGUUCUGAACUACACUGAUCCAACUGCUCAUGCAGAGGUCACAGCAAUAAGAGAGGCGUGUAAGAAGCUGAAGCAGAUUGAACUUUCAGAUUGUGAAAUAUAUGCUUCUUGUGAACCUUGCCCUAUGUGCUUUGGGGCAAUCCACCUUUCCCGAAUUAAGAGAUUGGUCUAUGGAGCUAAGGCAGAGGCAGCAAUUGCUAUUGGGUUUGAUGAUUUUAUUGCAGAUGCAUUGAGAGGUACUGGAUUCUAUCAGAAAGCAUCGUUGGAAAUUAAAAGAGCUGACGGUAAUGAGGCCAUCAUUGCUGAAGAGGUUUUUGAGAAAACAAAGGCAAAAUUCCAAAUGUAUUAACAAUUUUUUCUUUCAGAUGUAAGGACAAUUAGCCAUAAAUGAUUGGCUUCAUUUGAAUUUGAAUCAUUGUAAUUGUCGAUAGAUAAUUGCUAUCUGAUUGUCAACCUUUUCUAAUUCACAUUUUCACACUGGAAGAUACCAAAUGCUUUCCCUUCUUUAUCAUGUCAUUUCCACUGAUGUUAAAUGGAAACCUUUUGUUUUUUCUGAA